ACCUAGUAAACCGGUCGUCGGAACCGACCACUGCAUCAGUUUCAGUUCAACACUCCUACCGUUCGGAACGAUUCAAUCGCGUGUGCGAAAUAUUGAACAAAUAACAACACAAACCAAAAGUAAUCAUGAGUUCAUCGCAGUACUAUCCAUUCCAAUGCACCCCAACCGUCUACCCGGCCGAUCCCUUCGACCCCACCGAGGAUGCCGCAACUCUCCGUAAGGCCAUGAAGGGCUUUGGAACCGACGAGAAAGCCAUCAUUGAAGUUCUGGCCCGUCGUGGUAUUGUGCAGCGUUUGGAGAUUGCCCAGACUUUCAAGACGUCCUACGGAAAGGAUCUGAUCAGCGAUCUGAAGUCCGAGCUGGGCGGUAAGUUCGAGGAUGUUAUUCUGGCUCUGAUGACUCCCCUGCCACAGUUUUACGCCAAGGAACUGCAUGAUGCCAUCUCGGGAAUCGGCACAGACGAGGAAGCCAUAAUUGAGAUUUUGUGCACGCUGUCGAACUAUGGCAUCAAGACGAUCGCCGAAUUCUAUGAACAGUUGUACGGAGUUUCAUUGGAGUCGGACCUGAAGGGAGACACCAGCGGUGCCUUCAAGCGCCUGUGCGUCUCGUUGGUUCAGGGUAAUCGUGAUGAAAAUACUGGCGUCGAUGAAGGUGAGGCGGCCGCUGAUGCCCAGGCUCUGUUUGAAGCUGGCGAAGGCCAAUGGGGAACUGAUGAAUCGAUCUUCAACCAGAUCCUGGUCACCAGAUCAUACCAACAGCUGCGCGGUGUGUUUGAGACCUAUGAAAGCAUGGCUGGACAUACGAUCGAGGACGCCAUCAAACGUGAAUUCAGUGGCGCUAUCGAGGAAGGCUUCAAGGCUAUCGUUCGCUGCGUCCGAUCGAAGGUUCAGUACUUCGCCAAGCGUCUCCACAACUCGAUGGCCGGGCUCGGUACCAACGACAAGACGUUGAUCCGCAUUAUCGUUAGCCGCUCGGAAAUCGACUUGGGAGAUAUCAAGGAGGCUUUCCAGGAGAUGUACGGCAAGUCGCUCGAGUCGUGGAUCAAGGAGGAUUGUGAAGGCGAUCUAGGAGACCUCUUGGCUACCUUGGCUUCCUAUUAAGUUGUUUUAAAUUUACGAAAAAAAAAGAUGAUGCAACGUAGAGCAUUUCUGCAAAUAGAAAGAUCUCAUUUAUUAUUGAGAUGUUGUUGUUAGGUGCAUUACGGUGCUUACAUAAGUUUUGAUUUGACAAUUCUAUCCAAGUACACUCAUGAUGGUAAUGGGACAAUGCUUCAGUAGAUUUUACUUUUGAUAUUCUUCUUCAAAUCAUGGCCACAUAAUUGUAUCGAACACGUCUCA